CAGCGUAGCAAACGGUGUAGAUACACGAAAUCCUUACGUGAAUUAAGCACGCAUUUUCCAGGAUCACCUGACACAGAAUGAAUGCAGGCUCAGCGAUCUCCGAGCCGACGGUGCUGACUGAGGUGCCAGAUGAGCUGAAACGCUUAGCGAGAUUCAUUAUGCGCGGAUUCUACGCCAUUGAGCAUGCGCUUAUUAUAGACAUCCUGGUGCGCAAUCCAAUUGUUAAGGAGGAUGACAUUUCUGAGUUGUUGAAGUUUGACAAGAAGCAGCUGAGAAUCUUUGUGAAUCGACUCAAGGGUGACAAACUGAUCAAGCAGACGAUGCGUGUAGAGACACAGCCAGAUGGGCGCACCAACCGACACAACUACUACUUCAUUAACUAUAAGGUCUUUGUUGAUGUAGUAAAGUACAAACUGGACAGAAUGCGACAGAAGAUCGAGAACAAGGAACGAGACUCCACAUGCAAGACGCUGUUCAAAUGCCCUCAUUGCCAUAAAGAAUAUAAUGAGUUUGAUGCUGGUAACCUGAUGGACAUGCUUACUGGAUUAAUGAACUGCACAUUCUGUGGGUCAGAGGUGCAAGAGGACGAGAGUGCCGUCCCUAAGAAGGAUGCCUACAUGCAAAUAGCGAUCUUCAAUGAGCAGAUGAAACCAGUCUUUGAUCUUCUGAAAGCUGUAGAACACGUCAAGUUAUCCAAGACACUCCUAGAGCCUACUCCAUCGGCAGCCAGUGAUAAUAAGAGAGCUAAUGCCAACAAAGCCGGUGCUAACGGUCCACACAACGCUUGGAGUGGCGACGCCUCCCGCAAUCUUGGCUUUGAGAUGUACGACCAACAGAUCACCAUCAACGUGGGCGAGGAUUCCAAGAGCAACCAAGCGGCAAAAGUCCCGACCAAAGAGCGCCCUGUCUGGCUCAUGGAGAGCACCGUAGACGGUGCCGUCAACGAAACGAGUGAGAUCUCCGGAAACCUCCGUUCUCUCCAAGGCGGAGCAUCCUCAUCAUCUAAAGCAUCCUCAAAGAACAAAGAGAAGGAGGAGAUCAUACGCGCUCUCUUGGCGCACGAGCGCAAGUCAGGAACGCAACAAGCCGUCAUCCCUGGAGAUCCGAACAGUGAUGCGGAGAGCGACGCAAGCGCGUCAGAUGAUGAAUUCAUCGGAGCGUCAACCUCAACCCCAAUUACACAUACGGUUGAGAUGGACAGCGGGGAUGAGGAUGAUGAGGAGGAAGAGGAGGUGAUGGUGAUGGUCGGGGGUCGACCGGUACCCUUCCAGGAUGUUACCGAUGAACUCGUUUCACGAAUGUCCCCUGCUGAAAAAGAGGCGUACAUAAAGAAAGGACAAGAGGCAUACGCUGCUAUGUAUGAUUGAUGAAAUUUGAAAUCUUGGACAAAACUAUUUUAUUGCCAUUUUGUAAAUGGUGUUGUAUCACAAUUCUGGGACUAAUACUUACCCGCCUGACUGGUCACAAGACAUAAACACUGUUCGUGCCUAAGCCCAUGUAAGGCACUACAAUGUACCAUAAACAUUUAUUGUUUACUGCUAAGCAGGUAAAAUAUUUCAGAACAAUUUCUACUGUUGGAAGGAGCACCUCAAUCUCUUUAUCUUUAAAUGUUGUUGCUCUCCAAAAAUGUGAACUACAAAGAAAGUUGGUCAUUAAUAUUUUUGCUAAUUUCUAGAUACUGUAUCUCUUUGUUUAGCUGAUAUUUGUACUAACCAACUUCAGAAAAGUAAAUCUAGGCUGUAAAUAAAAUACAAGAAAAAUAACGAAAA